AUGUUUGCCGAGAAGAACGUCGCCUUCAUCUCAGAGUGGCCAGGAACAAGGGCUGAGAUGGCCAAGACUCCAUCCCAGAUCUUCUACGAUGGCGACAAGGUGCUUUGGGGGUCGGAGAUUCCCGCUGAUGCGGAUUCGCUCCAGUGGUUCAAACUCCUGCUGCUCAAGAAGGAAGACAUGAGCGCCGAGCUCUUUUCGUCCGAGUACCUGACCCGCGGUCGAGAGUUCCUGAGCAAAACCGGCAAGUCAGCGGUUGAUGUCAUAGCCGACUAUCUACGGUUGCUCUGGAACCAUGCCAUCAAGACCAUCACCAUUGAACUCGGUCCGCUUAUCCUCAAGACUAAGGUCUUUAGGGCUGUCAUUACCGUGCCCGCCAUCUGGAAGGGCUAUGCUAGGCAGGCCAUGUCCGAAGCCGCUCAAAAGGCUGGCAUCUUGGACGCACGACUGGCGGGCAAGACUACACUGACAUUUACGUCGGAGCCUGAGGCUGCUGCGCUGGCCACGCUGACAGAGCCGAAGUACGAGCCUAAAGUUGGCGACACCUACAUCGUCAUGGACGCAGGCGGCGGGACAGCCGACACGAUAAGUUACAAGAUCGUGGGAGUGAACCCAAUUGCUAUGGCUGAAGCUGUCGAGGGACAAGGUGAUCUCUGCGGUGGCUUCCUCAUCGACAAGGCCAUCGAGGACAUGUGCCGGGACGCGAUUGGCAACCAAUGGGAUGCGUCUGACAUCGCUGCACGCCAAAAGGUCUUGAAGCAAGACUGGGAACAGGGCAUCAAGACCCAGUUCGAGCUUGAAGGCGACGCGGAGUACCCUAUCUGGCUCCCUGGCGAGAUGACGACGAAAAAGCGCAAGCGCUCGAGUUGCGACCUCGCAACGCUACCACAGGUUCGGGGCCACUGCCUCUAUCUCCCACGGCACCUCAUCCAGAAGGCUUUUGCCCAUGCACUUGGGGGCAUUGACAAGCUUGUGGACCAGCAAAUCGAACAGACGCGGAGUCGGGGCUGCAAGGUAACGGCAAUUAUUCUUGUCGGUGGCUUGGGUAGUAGCCGGUACAUUCAGCAGCAGCUCGAGGAUGCACAUUGCGAAUCUGGAAUCCUCGUGCUCAAGUCAACUGGAAUGAGACCCCGGACUGCCAUCUGUCGUGGCGCAGUGCUCAAAAGCUUUCGCAGCUGUGUCACCUCGACUAUUGCUCGAGCCAGCCUCGGCGUCGAUUCGCUUGAUACAUUCAUCAAGGGAAAGCAUUUGGUGGAAGACAAGUACUGGUGCGAAAAGGAGCUCGAGCACAAAGCUAACAACCAGAUGAAAUGGUUUCUCAAGAGAGGAGAUGACGUUUCACAGAAACGCCCAGUCAAGCGCAGCUUCUACACGCUGUACACCAAGAGCGAGUUCAGCGGCACCUACGCUGUCGAAAUUCUCGCCAGCGAAGAGCCCAAGCCUCCCAGUCGCAAGACCGCAGAUGUGAAGACGAUGUGCACUAUCAAGUGCACACUCGAUGUGGACUUCCAUGACCUGGAUACAGAGACUAACUCCCAGGGCGAGAUAUUUGGGGUGCUUAAGACCGAGAUUGCGAUGGUUCCCGUCGGCGCUUCCAUGGAGUUCACCGUAUCUGUCAACGGCAGAGUUCAGGGCGAAGCUGGUGUGGCCGUCAACUUCCAGUAG